AUGAUGGUAUUUGCUAGUUUACUACUCUCUUAUUUUCUUGUUACAGCGGGUAUCAUCUAUGAUAUAAUUGUUGAACCACCAAGUGUCGGAAGUACUACAGAUGAAUAUGGACAUCAUAAACCGGUGGCAUUUAUGGCAUGGCGUAUAAAUGGACAGUACAUAAUGGAAGGCUUAGCUGCGUCAUUUAUGUUUACACUCGGUGGACUCGGAUUUAUUAUACUGGAUUUGACAAAUAAACCAAGCAUGCCUAAAUUAAAUCUUGAGGGUACAAGUGAUGGAAAAUGUCUAGUAGAUAAACGUAAUGGUGAAUCAGUCGAUGGUCUCUCAACAGAAAUUCGUUUUUGA